GCUGCGCGAGAGCCACACGGUCAUAUAAUCAGCUUCAAAUAGCAGACCGGACAGGAAACGUUCAAGAGGGCUUCAAGAGGGCUUUGAACUCCGCUUCACUUCUUUUUGUCAGAGCUGCAUACAACCAUGAACGGAAUGAUUCUCCGGUUCAGCCGCAGUCUAAGCCGUGCUGCCCCUGUUCUCCAUCGCACCAUCCACUCUGGCACACGUCCCGCCUCCACUGCUGCCACCAAACUGAGGGUUGAACGCCCACUUACCUCAGAGGAAAUCUAUGUCCGCGAGGACAAGUACGGAGCGCACAACUACCAUCCCCUGCCUGUGGCCUUAGAGAGAGGGGAAGGCAUCUAUGUGUGGGAUGUGGAGGGCAACCGGUAUUAUGACUUCCUGAGUGCCUACAGCGCAGUAAACCAGGGACACUGCCACCCAAAGAUCAUAGCUGCGCUCAGCGCCCAGGCCUCCAAACUCUCCCUGACCUCCAGAGCUUUCUACAACAAUGUGCUGGGAGCCUAUGAGGAAUACAUCACAAACAUGUUUGGCUAUGACAAAGUUUUACCCAUGAAUACAGGUGUUGAAGGUGGUGAGACUGCCUGCAAGCUUGCCCGCAAGUGGGCCUACAGUGUGAAGGGGGUUCCCAAAAACAAGGCCAAAAUCAUCUUUGCAGAUGGAAACUUCUGGGGCCGCACCAUGGCAGCCAUCUCCAGCUCCACUGACCCCAGUAGUUAUGAAGGUUUCGGUCCCUUCAUGCCAGGAUUUGAGCUUGUUCCAUACAAUGACAUUCCUGCACUGGAGAAAGCCUUUCAAGACCCAAAUGUGGCAGCUUUCAUGGUGGAGCCCAUCCAGGGCGAGGCUGGGGUGGUGGUGCCCGACCAGGGCUACCUGACCAAAGUCAGAGAACUUUGCACCAAAUACAACGUGUUGUGGAUUGCUGAUGAGGUGCAGACAGGCCUGGCACGUACCGGCCGGCGGCUGGCUGUGGACCACGAGGAAGUCCGUCCAGAUGUGGUAAUUCUGGGCAAAGCUCUUUCUGGAGGAGUUUACCCUGUUUCUGCUGUUCUGUGUGAUGAUGAAAUAAUGCUGACCAUCAAGCCUGGGGAACACGGGUCCACGUAUGGAGGUAACCCUGUGGCCUGUCAGGUUGCUAUCGCUGCACUUCAGGUGAUGGAGGAAGAGAAGCUCGCAGAGAAUGCUCAAAGGAUGGGAGAGCUGCUGCGGUCUGAGUUGAGAAAGCUUCCCAAAGACAUUGUGACAGCAGUCAGAGGAAAAGGCCUCCUCAAUGCAGUCGUCAUCAAAGAGACCAGAGACUACGAUGCCUGGAAAGUGUGCUUACGUCUUCGUGACAAUGGACUGCUGGCCAAGCCCACCCAUGGUGACAUCAUCCGCCUGGCCCCUCCCCUCAUCAUUAAAGAGCACGAGCUGCACGAAUGUGUCGAUAUCAUCCAGAGAACCAUCAUGUCCUUCUAAGCAGCUGCUAUUGUAGUAAUACACAGACAUUCUUUAAAUUGAUAAUCUGCAUUAGCUGAAGCUAUGGCCUGUCAAAGUCGCCGAAACAUUUAUUACUUGUGUUCAUUUCUAUGUGUUUUUAAGAUAGGAUCUCUUUGAAGGGCAAUUACUGUAGAAAUACAGUAUACAUAGACUGUGUAUGGAGUGUGCUUCUAUGAGGAUACACUGACACUUUUGUACAGAAAAACUGCUGUAAAGAAAAGGGUUCCAUUAGACUGCCUGAGGAAAGACUGCUACACAGGUGGAAAACAUCUGUGGUUUGUUUUAAAUGUUCCCCAUCUUAAAAUGAAUUCAACAAAUAGAUGAAUUUUGAAAUGGUUAAUUCAGGGUUUUGCUGGUAAUGGGUGAUGUAAAUAAUGACCAUUGUGUCUUGAAUGAAACCUUUUUAAUUUUAAAAAAAGAUCACUUUAUUUCACUUUUUUUUUUUUUUUUCUCAACAGAGGCACACAGAUACAUCUGACAGACUUUUGUAUGGGACAAGUUACAAGCUGAAAAACAUAAGAGGGAAAGACAGCUUGCUGAAGUGAAAUUGUGUCUACAGUACUCAAUGUACCAUAGUUUACUAGAGUAAUAUAGAUGAGUUUACAGUUACAGCUCAGUUACAGUCUACUCAGCUGCCCCUGUCUGCUGGGGUUCACGUGCAUCUUUAAAAAGCCCUUGACAUGUAUAGGAAGUUCUCAGAUUACAGGUCAUCAGAUUUCAUAAAAAACUUCAUAAUUGCACUAAAACUCUGACAAUGCUAGAAGUUUAAGUAGAAUUAAUGUCCCGUACAAAUUAUAAACAUAUUAUAUGAACCUGUUUCAUUUUAAUUUAAAAUAAAUGACUGUUACUGUGGAAGAAAUGCUUUAUGGGAACUGUAGUCCUUGAACUUAAAUGCUGAAACCGAACAGAUACGUUUUUUUCCUCUUUGUUGUAUUAUUUGGUUUAUUUUAUUUCUAAAAGGGACAUGCUGUGUGAGGAUUAUGCUGCUAGCUAAGGCUGGUUUAGUUUCAAGUAUUUACAGUAUCUACAGUAAGUUAAGUUGUUGAACUUUCUGGUGAAUGUUUUAACUGUUGUAAAACAAUGUAAUUUCAAGGGCUAUAUCACCUUGAAGUUGUUACAUAACCCAUUGUUCAUCAAAUAAAUUUUUUUGCAGUCUUCA